AUGGUUACAGUAAGAUCCAUCAUAGCACUAACAGCAUCAAAGAACUGGGAACUGUUCCAAAUAGAUGUCCAUAAUGCAUUUUUGCAAGGAGACUUAUGUGAGGAGGUAUACUUAGAGAUUCUAGAAGGUUUUAAAAGUCAGGAAAAUAAAGGAAGUAGUAAAGAGCUCGUGAGUAUUGCUAAGAGUAUACGACAUGACAAGUUCAAGGUCAAGGACCUAGGGGAGCUUAAGUACUUCUUAGGCAUAGAAGUCUUAAGGUUUCAACAGGGCAUUUUUUUGAAUCAAAGAAAGUAUGUGCUUGAAUUGAUUUUAGAAAUGGGACUCAGUGGAGCAAACCCUUAUGAUGUUUGUGCUUAUCAAAGAUUGCUAGGAAAAUUGCUAUAUGUGACCAUCACCAGACCUGAUAUCAGCUAUACAGUGCAGACACUCAGUCAAUUUAUGCAAGAGCAUAAACAAUCACAUUGGAAAGCUGCCAUCAGAGCGGUGAAGUAUCUCAAGAAUGCACCUGGUUUAGGUGUGUUUAUGAAGGCAGAAUCAACACAGCAUCUUACUUGUUGGUGUGACUCUGACUGGGCUGCUUGUCCUAACACUAGGAGAUCUGUGACUGGUUAUGUUGUCAAGUUUGGUGAAUCCUUGGUGUCUUGGAAGUCCAAGAAGUAG